AUGAUGCAUGAUAAGAUGUACCUUGGUAGAUUGAUGGUACAUGCACAACUGGUGGAGGAGAUUCGUCGGAGGAAGAGAGGUCGAGAAGAAAAGAAGCCUAGGCCCUCGGAUGAGGCUGGUUCUAACACAGGUAGGAGUUCAUUUGGAAUCCAGGACAGGCCCAAGUUCAUCAAGGGCAAUGAAGAAAUGCCUAGCGUGAUAGAGAGUCGCGUGGUAAGUGUGGUCGUUUGCAUGGAGAGUGGGCAUAUGAUUAGGGACUGCCCACAGGUGAAGAAUCAGGCCAAGGAAGAUACUCAGCCUCGGCCUAAUCCUACUACUACAGCUGAGCCUCUCAAGAGGAACAGAUUAUAUGCUUUGAAAGAUAGAGAGGAGCAGGAAAAGUCAGCUUAUGUUGUCACUGGUAACUUGCUUGUAUUUUUUCUUCCUGUGUAUGCAUUGUUAGAUCGCAGCAUCCACCUUGUCUUUUGUUACUCCUUUAGUAACUUGUAA